GGCAUUGGCCCCAUGGUUUCUACCGUCAUAUAACCUGGUGGCGGGCAGAGGGUCGUCAGUGCAGUCUGUCAAGCCCCAGCAGCUGAGGACAUGAAGGCCUGCAGUGUGUUGGUGUUGGUCGCCGUGGCCUGCGUGCCCGCCCUGGCCCAGGAAGGCGGAGAAUAUGUGGACCCCAAGCAGGGAGAAUAUGUGGACCCCAAGCAGGGAGAAUAUGUGGACCCCAAGCAGUCAUGUGGAGGAACAAUGACUGUGGGCGCGGAGCCGGUGGUGAUCACCAGCCCUAACCACCCCAACGACUACGCCAACAGGCAGAGGUGCAAGUGGAGGUUUACGGCGGAGGACCCUGACGACGCACUGUUCCUCAGCUGCGAGGAGUUCAGUGUGCUCUGCAAGGGAGACAGGCUGAACAUCAUCGAGGGAGGCGUUGUGCAGGAGAGGCUGUGUGGCAGUGACCCGGUGGAGUACGCCUCUGAAGGAAACGUCAUGGUACUCAAGUUCCGCACCAACAGGCGUGGCACCAGUUCAGGCUUCUCCUGCACGGUGACCUCCUCCUCCUACUACGAGGGCUCCUCCUCCUCCUCUUCUUCCUCCACCGAGGAGGGCGAGGAGAACACCACGCCCUCCAGCAACACUGGCUCCUGCAAGUGCGGCGUGCCUAACCUCAACAGGAUCGUGGGCGGUCAGGAGGUGAAUCCCAAGAACAAGUACCCGUGGCAGGUGGGACUCAAGAUGAGUAACGGCCGCAACUACUGGUGCGGCGGCUCCAUCAUCAACGACAGGUACGUCAUGACCGCCGCCCACUGCAUCUACGGCAUGAGCUCCACCAACAGUGGCUUGAUGGUGGGCGUGGGCGACCACAACAUGUACCAGACCAGCGACGACGUGUCGGGAGCCACGCGCCUGGUGGCCGUGGAGCGAAUCAUCCAACACCCUGACUACAACACACGCACCCUGGACAACGACAUCGCGCUGCUCAAGCUGUCCGAGACGCUGGACCUCACCCAGUACAAGGAGGUGGGCGCCGUGUGUCUGCCCGCCGACGACUCCAAGACUUACGCCGGGGAGUUGGCCACUGCCUCUGGCUGGGGCACAACCAGUUCCGGCGGCUCACAGCCCUCCACGCUCUACGAGGUGGUGGUGCCCAUCCUGGAGCCUUCCUGCUGGGGCAUGUCCGUCACCGCCAACAUGCUGUGUGCCGGCCUGGAGGAGGGCGGCAAGGACACCUGCCAGGGAGACUCCGGCGGCCCUCUCUACGUGGAGGAGAACUCCGUGCGCGUGCAGGUCGGUAUCACCUCGUGGGGCUACGGCUGUGCUGACGCCAACAGCCCCGGCGUGUACGCCAGGGUCAGCAAGUACGUGUCCUGGAUCCAGCAGAACACCCAGGACGCCACCUACUGCCAGUAGUACCACCACCACCGCCACCACCAUGGCAACUCCUGGCUGGCAAUGCACUUGCCCGCCAUCCAUGCACGAACCUUUCACGGCACAAUGACCAAUGAUAAUGCUAAUAAACCACCAACAACCUGCAA